AGUAAAUUCCCACUGAAGUGAUAAAUAUAAACAAAAAUAAUUCAUAAAUUCAUUUGAUCGAGAGCUUUUGUGCAAAAUUAACGAAAGUGUGCCAGUAUCAAUGAUAAACGACAUGUCUCCAUAACACCGCGAUUAAUGACCUAAAUUAAAUAGAAGAAAAUGGAAAGUACCUCUAUGUAUAACAUAGAGCUAGAUUGGCAGGACAGCCAUAAUUCAGAGUGGGCUGUCAUAGAUCCAGAUAGUAUCGUUAACCAGGACACUGUCCCUUCAAUAUAUAACUUGUUGAUUCAAGCUAAGGAGGUUAGGGUCAUACCAACCAGUCCUCCCAGUCUUAAUGAUGUCCAAACCUUGCCAAGCUUUCAAUAUGAGGCUCCAACAGGUGCCGAGCUUAACACUUUCUUGAAUACUUUACUAACAAAUCAGCUUCAACUUGCAAAGGAAGUAUGCAUGUCCACCCAGUUCUCAGUUCUUUUAAAGAAACGCAUGAUUAUUUUAAAGCGAUUUUACCAUGCCAUAAUAUAUAUAGUAAAACAACAUGACAAGGAGAGAACCGAGAGUCAAGGGGCUGCCAGUAAAAAUGCUUUGGUUCCAAAUAAAUCUUCAAGAGACUAUUUACUUACAGGUAACCAAGCUCUACUAGAAAUGGGAGUCAGAACAGGCCUUAGUCUCUUGUUCUCCCUACUGCAGCAAAACUGGCAGGUGAGCGAAAUUUUAGGGAUUCCUUCCCUAUGCAAUUCUGUUCUUGAAACAACCAUGGACUUAAUAAAAGAAUUACCAGCGUUAUGCUUGUCAAAUGAUGCCCAAUUGAGCAGUUUGGGAAUCACCAGCUUGGAACAGGUGUCCGACUUUUUAAAAAAUUCGGUUUUACACGUGGCUUCUGCCGACACCAAAGGAAAAACCCUCGCGGCAGAAAUCCUGCUUGGCAUAGCGCUCCUAAGGGGCUCCCUAAGGUACCUACUGGAGUGGAUCGAUAUGGCUUUGGAGGCUUCUUGCAAGCAAAGCAUCGAGAGCGACUAUUUUUCGAAGGCGAUAAUACAACUGGAGGGAGUUAAACCCGUUCUAAAGUACCCCGAUUGGAAACAGGACCCUACAGACUCGAUUUCGAUGUAUCAAACCGCUUUGUAUUUAUUGGAGGUUUUAUCAUUCAUGGCUGUUAAUUGUGGUCGGUUUACAUCCUAUUAUAAUAUCGCAUCAGAAUUACGUAAAAUGUGUUUGAUUUUUUUAGGUCUCACCUAUUCAGAAUUGGAACAGUCUUUGACGUAUUCCCAAUUAAAUUCAUCGGAAGUGUACGUCUGGGGCAGCAAUUCCUCGCAUCAGUUGGCCGAGGGGCAGAACGAAAAAAUUCUGUUGCCAGUUAAAUCGAAGGUUUUUCAAGAAGUCCAAGAGAUUGAGGCCGGUCAAUAUUGUACCUUUAUAAUCCACAAAGAUGGUUUCGUAAGCGCAUGCGGAAAAGGUAGUUACGGUCGAUUAGGAUUGGGCGAAUCGUUAAACCACAGCACCCCGAAGAAAAUUUUACUGGACGGUUUCGUUAAGAAACUGUCCAGCUCAAGAGGUUCGGACGGUCAUACGCUGGCCCUAACGGAGGAAGGCCACGUGUACAGUUGGGGCGACGGAGACUACGGUAAACUGGGCCACGGCACUUGCGCCACCCAUAAGACACCAAGACGAAUUGGAGGACCAUUUAUAAUUGAAAAAGUUAUUUAUAUUCACGCUGGUUAUAGGCAUAGCGCGGCCAUUACCGAUGACGGACGGCUUUGGACUUGGGGUGAAGGUGACCAUGGACGGCUCGGUCAUGGGGAUUACACCACCCGACAAAUCCCCACCGUGGUUCCUGACAUCCAAGACGUGGGACAAGUCGCCUGCGGCAGUUCGCACACCUUGGCCGUAUCACGUGACGGUAGAGUAGUUUGGUCCUUCGGUAGUGGAGACAAUGGAAAGUUGGGACAUGGAGAAAUCGCCAAGGUGUGCAGACCCAAAGUAAUCGAAGGCCUACAGGGUCUGGUGGUGCAAAAAGUAUGCGCCGCCACUUCAUUCUCCCUCGCCCUGACCACCGCUGGCAAAGUGUACGCGUGGGGCAGCGGUCCCGUCUUAGGAAUGGGCACCGCAGACGCGAUCGCCCUCCAACCUCUUCUCAUCGAGGACCUUUUCGUUCAUAGGAUCGUCGAUAUUUCUGUUGGGGAUAAUCAUUGCUUGGCCUUAACCGAUGAACAUACUGUUUUUGCAUGGGGUACAAACACGAUGGGACAGUGCGGCCUGGGGCACAUCUCCAGCCCCAUAACGAAACCGUUAAAAGUCCCCGGCUUAGACUGUGCCAUGGUGAGACAAAUCAGCGCGGGCACGUCACAUUCUAUCGUUUGGACCACGCAGCCAUCCGGGGGCAGUCCGCAAAUGAUGCGUAACAAACCGUUUUGUUUGGACUUGAACGAGAAAACGUUUAAUUAUUUCAAAGUAUUUUUGGAGAAAUACACCGUGAGUUUCACGUAUGAACCUGACAAGCCGCCGCAACCCUUCAAAACUCAAGCGGAUCACUAUAAUUUUGUUUUGUUGUCCCUCAAACUGCUCUGCACCCACUUUCAUUUGUGCAUUGAGGGAAAUUUGGACACUGCCGUGCUAAAUAAGUACGCGACGGCUCUCAGGACCUCUUUGUUCAGAUUAGUAGAUCUGGAGGCUCCAGAAGACAUUCACAACCUCGCCAAAGAGGUGUUAAACAUCGGCGCGCCUCUACUGUUGCCUUUUUUGAACGAAAGAGUGGAAUUUCUGCAUCAACAUUUGAGCAGCGGUAACGCCUUAUCACAGGGCCAGCAAAUGCUUUUGACCAUCAUCUUGAGCAGCUUAGAAAACCCGAUGCAUAUCGCCUCCCUGUUGGGUUACACCACUGUAACUGAAAAGGGCAAAGAGCUUGAUGGGAAGAUGACCGCCACUUUGAUGCAUACUUUAAUCGAAUCUUUUACUAAAAAUACCGAAGAGACUUUGGAGUCGAUAUUGCAAUAUAUGGCUAUUACUACGCGGUUUAAGUGGCAGAGUCCUGGAAAUUUUAAGACUAUACAUUUACAGAGGUUGUUAUCUGCCCUGCAAAACCAUAUGUUGGCCAAUCACAUAAUUUCCAUACAAAACGAUGCUAAACCGUUGACGGAGGACGAUUUUUUGGUCAAACAUCUUUUAACUUUAUUCGAGUUUGCCAUAAAAGUACUGAAGAAAGCUGCUAAUAUUUUGGAUGAAUAUCCGAGUUCUCUAGAACUUUUGUACAACGUACUUCAAGACUCCAUAGCCGGGUCCAUGUUAUUUAAAAUCCUACAUUCCCUGCUUUUGAUGCCUGUAAAUUACGUUAAAGUGCUUUAUGCUCCUUUAUUGGACGUUUUGGAUGCCUUGGACAAGUUUAAUCAGAAUUUACCAGAGGAGUUACUAGUGGAAACAAACAAGGAUGGGUCAAGAUCGGAGACACCCACGCUAUCCCAACUAGCCGAACAAUCCUGGAUCUGGAUCGUCGAUAUGCAAAAAACGUGUUCUCUCCUCAUCGGCCGUUGCUUGGGCGGAAUGUUAAUCGGCGAAGCGCCCACUAAACAGGAAUUGCUGUGUCGCAAUUGGCUGUCCAGCGACUUAUUUUCCUCCGGAGUGGAGAACGAGGAUUUGGACGUGCAAUGCUUAAGCGAACUGUCUUACGUUACCGAUUGCGUGAACACUACUUUGGUGACAUUCGAAAAUUUACCGCAAGAGGUGCAAAACUUGUGCAAAAAAGCUUACGGGUUGCCCUAUUUGUAUGACGAGGCGUGCGCGGUUUCCAGCGAGGAUCGCGAGGAGGAACUGUUCGAUAAACUCGAGCAGAAUCACACGUUUAUGGACACUUUUGAGUAUAACGUCGGGGAUCGAGAGUUAUUCGAUCGGAUCACGAGAUGCUUUUUUUAUGCUCUGCUUAAAGUUACGGGACUUUGGGAUAAGGGAAGCGAUUUGACCGCUUGUAAGGAGAUCUUCAGGGUUUCCUUGAACCUCCGCCAAAAACUCUUCAGUCUCAUGUACACCUCGAAAUACAAAGAAGAGGACCAAGCGAAAGAUGAAAAAGAGCAUAAGGAAGACGCGAAAGCGUUCUCGGAAGACAAAGAAAAGGAAGAAGGGAGCGGUACCGAGGCCCUAGACGAGAUUGACUUCAUAAUUUACUUGCAUAAGGUGCUGCGCCGGUGUCUCUUUUUAUUAAUUUUCGUAAGAGGCAAAAAAAUUACUCUAUCCGCCAAGGAGACGGAAUCUGACGAGGAAAUCGCCAGUGAGAAGCCUUACGUGGAGUUUUACCAGGCGACUAGUGACCCCUUUUUGAGUGAACUACGUCACGUCGCCACCCUUUGUGUGAAUUACGUUAUCAGCGACAAUCAGGAUAGAGGCAGCCACGGAUACAGCGUCGGGGAAAACGGAUGGUGCAACGAACCUGUAACCCUCCUAAAAGCCCUCCUGGACCAGAAAAAACGUGCGGAAAGUCGCCACGAGGGCUUCGAAAAACUUCUAUCCCAUUUAGUGAACAAAGAGUCCAGCAUUACUGUCCUGAACUGUAUCCAGCAGCAGUUGCUCGAAGGCUGUUUUGGCCUGUGCCACAUCGAUCGGCAAGAAUCCUGCACUCCCUUUCAUCAUUAUCUCGACGGAGUACAAAGUGCGCCCGUUGAAAUCCAAGAGAAAAUCUGCACGGUCGUACAAGGGAUUUACAACUUUCUAACUGCCACCCUUAAGAAACAAGUCGCCGCCAAUGCGAUUAAUAGACCGAUUUUGUUGGUGACGGUGUUUUGUUUGAGCACAAGGUAUCAGCCGAACGAUCUCAAUAUGGUGAUCAAUAACGAUUUGGUGCAGAAUUUGAUGCAGUUGGUAAAGAUUGUAAACCUGGCCACCGUACCGUUCUUUACAGUCGUCCAAAACGACAUGCUAAGCAUCUCCUCACUGCGUCUGAUCCACAUCUUGGGCGUCUCGUGUUGCAUCCACUCGAAAAAACUGGACAUAAUCCCCUCGGAAAUCAUCCUGAACGUCCUCCACGACCAAUUCCUUAAAGUAACCAAGAUCCACGAGGAGUGCUGCCAGUCGUUCGACGGGAACGUACCCAAGGCAUGCGACGACCGUCAAAUGUCCGAUUUCCUGUUAUUUUUACGGGUGAUCGCGUCCAGCGGACACUUCCAGCGCCUCCUGGUGACCAAGAGGUGGAUGUGGGAUCUGCUUGGGAUCCUGGACAGUUCGAUCUACAGCCUGUGCUACGAGAGCCAAAUCAAAAUUCUCAAGUCGAAACUGUUGAUAGUGCAAAUUUUGCAAGUGGCCCUGCCUGGAUUGAAGCCGGCGCAUAUCGAUGACGCCCUCAGGAGGUGCGUCGUGUCGAAACUGUUCUCUCAAUUGGGCACGGAGAUGUGGGCCGAAGUGGGGCCGAAUGUACAGAGCGAGAGCGUGAAGUUUUUUAUCGGUGAGGAGUAUAUUCCGACCAAGGAUUUUAAUGAGGAAAACGUGCCUGUACACAAUAUGGGUUUUGAUCCUGACAAGUGUUUUAAGUGCACGAUUGAGGGUAGCUUAACGUUGGUACAUGCUCCAGGAGGUCGCGGCUACGGUUUAGGCCUGCAACCCAUAAAAACCGGUUGUUACCAAUGGAAAAUGCUCAUAGUUAAAGAAAACAGAGGCAAUGAGGGAACUUGCAUCGGAGUAUCGAAAUACCCAGUGCGAGACUUUAGCCAUCGAUCAACCAGUGACAUGUGGCUGUACAGAGCUUACAGCGGCUGCCUGUAUUAUAACGGUGAGCGCGACCAUUCGUUUCCAAGUUACACUCAGGGCGAUUACAUCACCGUUAUUUUGGAUAUGGAUGCCAAAACUUUAAGUUUUGGUAAAAAUGGAGACGAACCGAGGGUGGCCUUUGAAAAUAUCGAUGCGACCGAGCUGUACCCUUGCGUCAUGUUUUACAGUUCUAAUCCCGGGGAGAAAGUAAAAAUUACCGACAUGAAAGUGUACGGCACUCAUAGGGAUGUGCUUCCCGGAGAGCCCAAUUUGGCACCUUUGCAUGCUGUUUUGGUGGAAUCUUACGUCGGCCUGAUAAGAAAAUUACACAACUCGUCUGCAUGGACUGCCGAUGUAAAUUCCGCACUGAAACAGCGUCUAAACAGCAUCGAAGAAUUUCUCCCUACUAUAGACACACAUAACAUGGACGACGCCUCCUCUGACCAAUUGGACGAACUUAAGACUGACGUUGACGUCAAUUUGGAGGAGUUGUGUCACGUGGUGUGGCCUGCGUUGACCGUCAUAGGCGGCCUGGACAGAGGUUUUAAAAUGGGCGGUUUUUGUAAACACAAGGUGACAGGCAAACGGGCGAUUGUCCUCGGUGUAUUGAAAAAAGGGGUAACAACGGUUAAUGUGCAAUGGGAGCACGACUAUGGCGUCUCGGAUGUGGCCAUUAGCAAUUUGGAGCCGAUGGAACCCGAGCCGUUUAAUACGAGCAAAUUUGCCGGUCUUACAACCGCCAUUCUCCAUCAACUGACGAGACUAUCGGGUCUAACCGAUGAACUUCCGUUUCCCAUGCCUGACGAAGAAGAGAUGUUACUCUUGACACGUAAAAAAUCCAACGUUGGAGACACUGUACAACAUUCAAACUCUGAUUCUCAAUUGAACAAUGGAAGAGGAGCUCGACAGGACUCUCCGAGAACCGUGGAGCAUCUCACCGACGAACUGGUGUCGAAUAUCAUGAACGAAGUGACGAGAAUCGCGAGUAGCAGAAGCGAAACCGUUUUAAGGGACGAACCGAACGCGGACGCGAUGAAGAAAAUCCUGGAGGUGGACGUGAGGGAGGACGAGGAACAGUCGAUGUUGGAGAGGAAAUGCGCCGCGGUAGAAGAGAAGUUUGUUAAGUUGGCGUUUAUCCAGUUUUCUGCUUUGAAGACGAUGGCCGCCUUCCUGAUGACGUCCACCUUCACCGAACUAUUCCUGAUAAACAACCAAAAAUCGGCCGAGGAGACGGACUGUAUCCGCGAAAUCAUGUAUUACAUCGUCGAAAAAAGCACCGAACAGUGUAAACUGAAAAACAUCAUCAGUUUGGCGGACACCGAACGCGCCAUGACGGUCCUCCACAUGAACCACUUGAAAAAUAAGGGAAAAUGCGACCCGGACAACGCGAACACGCCGAUGUUCGAGAGCAUGUUAAGUCCGGGAAACGAAUCGACUAAUAGGGGUAGCGAGAGUUCGGUUAAUCAACCCGGAUGUAGUACCUCCACCCAAGAAAUGCCCACGAUAAGUCGGGGAUUGAAGAGGCACAGAUUGAGACUGAUGCCUCCACCUUCGGCGCUCACUAUUCAGGCCUCGGGGCAGUUCGGAGGUGGCCGAACGGUUUCUUCGGGGUCUAGUCCGAACACGGCCAAUCCUAGCAGACACAACAUAUUCAACUCGAGCGAAUCGGAAGAUAACGUAUGGCACGUCCGGAACCGUGCAGAAUCCCCACCACCGCCAGCAGUAGCUUUUCCCUUAUUAGAAAUGGGAUUUACCCUGAAACACAUCUCCAAAGCCCUAAAAGAAACCAAAAGUACCGGCGAGGUAAGUGCCAGAUCAAUUAACGUGCUGGCCACCUGGAUGUGCGAGCAUCCCUACCUGGAAACUAGGGUGGAACAAACGCCAACCGGUAACGCCAUAUCGCUAAGGGACUUGUGGAAUUCCACGUGCGAUUUGGUCGAGAGACAGAACAACCACCUUGAAUGGUUUCAAGAGGUCGAAUUUAUUCAUCGCAGGGGUUUAGGACCGAGGAGUAGACUGGCGCAGAAGAUCAGAGGUUUCUCGGAGAGGGGCCACGAGUUAGUGGGUGGCGAUAGACCGGGCAAAUUUAGGAAGUUCAUGUUCUUUGAGAGGGGUGAGGCGCGUGAUCCGUCUACUUUGAGGGGCGCAUCUGCCGUUACGAUUAACGCCUCGGAGGAAUCAUCUAGUACGCAAGACAAUUUAGGCUCUUCCAGUUCUAACGACCCGAACACAGAUAAACCAUCCGGAAACGUGGACGUAUCCGAGCAAUGCGGCAUGUGUCCCUACUGCGUGAAAUGCACUUUUCUGGUCACUCACAUGAUGCAGUACCAUCCCGGAUGCGGUACGAUAUGCGGCAACGGGGUCUGCGGUUAUGUAUCCGACAAGUUUUACAUAAUAUGCCCUAAAUGCCACGGCAUGUACUUAAACAAGAAAAAAACGGAAAAUUAUCUGUCCCAGCAGUGUCCCAACAUAAUCAUCGAUAGAGACGAUAAUACCGAGGCGGACAUGCAAAGUUUUCCGUUUUCGGUGCCGAUUUGUGACGACGUCGACCAAAUUAAAGGGUUUUUAGGUAUGUCAGACGAGGAGUUCCAGAUCAAAACAAUCGAUUUUCAAGGGAACGACCCCUUGGGAACCGCGGCGGUACCGAAGGUGCCGCAAGAGACCGAGCGGGCCGAUAAUGCGAAAUCGAAAUCGAUCGGGGCGCAAGCGAUGAUGUUAAAUACCCCGUUGCAACGCACUUUAGGGUUAGAGGAUCUUACUGCGUCUAUUAAGAUUUUACUUUGCAGACAAAUAGUCCUAAAUGUUCUCUCGCUCCUCUCGAUGUCCACCAACUACGUGAACCUCCUUUCCUGCCUCGAAUUGAUCGGUUUAGGGGACAUCAAUAAAGUCGUCCGCCUAAUGACCCUAACGGCCAUGAACCGAGUCGAGGUUGACCGCCUACAAAACUCCCCGGAAUUCACCAACUUCCGUCUGUCGAAGGAUUUCACCCAAUUGACGACCAGUUUACCGACGGCCGCCAACUCUUGCCUGAAGUAUUUGAGCGUCAGCAUCGCCGCCCUGUCGCAAAACGAGGUCGAAGCCUCCAACUUGGUGAUUAACAUUUGCACCAAGGAUUUACUGAUGUCCGCUUUUGGGGUGGCCGUACCUAAACCGGGUUUUGCCGUCACUCAAGCCCUAGUGAACAUCUUAUCCACCCACGGUGGUUGUUCCUUACUGGAUCUACCAAAAGAAGAAAUUUGCUUAAAUUCUUCGCCCGAGAGACAAGGGGUCAAUCCGUUAACUUUGGCGAAUGCUUUGUCUGCUUACAUUUUGUCCAAUAGGGUGAAUAAACAAGAUAAAGAAUGGGCGGCCCAGCAACUCUUUAAAUGUAUAGCGACCAAAGUGCAAAUUAUGUCCGGGUCUAGUUUGGAACAAGUUAAUUUCGCCGAUCUGUCUGGUACGAUGCCCAAGCAGGAGGUGGUUUUAUUAGAAGGGCAUGAUAAUAGAGUAAGUACCUUGGCGUGGGACGAGAACAGUUGCACAUUAGCCUCGGCUGGUUACGACGGUACCGUAAGGCUAUGGAACAUGGAACCGGAUAAACCACCCAGUUUGGAUUCGACUUUGGUGUUCCGCUUGAAUGUCAAUACGUUCGGGAACGAUUUACAAGGCAAACUGAUUGGUCAUCUGCGGUGGUCUUCGACAGGGGACUACUUGGCCGCUUCCCUUGACAACGUCGUCAAUAUUUGGCCAAUUAAGCGUCAAAUUGACCAUGCGCAGGGCUACGAGUGGUUUAUCGAACCCCAGCAGGAGUUUAUCACUGUGAUCUGCUGGCCCAAUAAGAAGAACGAGGAGACAGUUAAUACGGAGCAUUUGCUCGUUGGGAAGAUUGAUGGUACCGUAUCAGUCCUAUUAAUAAACAAAGAGACAAACAAAAUCGAGACUCUAAUGAACUUUUCGGUACCACACCCGGUGGUUCACCUGGAUUGGCACCGGGACAAUCAACAUUUCGCGGUCGGAUACGUAGAUGGUACCGUGAAACUGGGCGAAUUGAAUUGUCGUGCUGGAUUUAUCACUGUGCAGGCGCACGAAAGCUGUGUAACCGCGACGUCUUGGGAUCCGAGAGGUAUUUUGUUGGCUUCAAUAUCAACGGAUCUAACCUGUAAACUAUGGAAAAUUUCGGAAAAUAACUUGAUUUUGAUGCAUACAAUUGGGCUGGCACACGAACCCACUAGUAUAACCUGGUCCCCUGUUGUAGGCAAGGGCUCUUCGCCUUUAUUGUUAGCUUUGGGCACCAAUUAUGGAACUGUUAAUGUUUGGAGGAUUCCCGAUGAAAAAAACGUUAAAAAUGAGGUCCCGAAUCUUAUAUUUUCCUCCCAAGGACAUUCGUAUAAUGCUGUCACCAGUUUGGCUAUUGACUCUAGUGGGCUGUUACUUGCCAGUGGAUGUCUUAAAGGUCCUAGCGGCGUAGUGAACAUCUGGUCCCUCCACGACGGUACCCUGAUCUACACCUGCACGGGCCCAGGCGGUGUGAACACAAACGGCCUAAAAUGGAUCGACUUUAACGGGCAACUGGCCGUCGCUUUUUCCCGAUCUAAAGCCGUGCAUUUAAUACUCUACACCGUAGACGAUUUAACGAAAAACCUCCCUCUGGCCACCGUACGGUGCGCGUUACUAAAAAAAGGCGUCAGAGGCAUCAAGAAUUUACCGUUUUUCAAACAUUUCGCCACCUUGCUACCGAAACUGUUACUCGACCAGUAUAAUUGUGAAAAAUUACACGUGUCCACCGGCACUCAGCUAAUGCACAGCGCAUAUUUGAAGAGUCUCGCCUCGCUGGCCAUCAUUUUAGAUUUGGACAAGGUGGUGUGCUAUAAAUACACCCCUUUUAACGAUAGUAAAGAAAUUGAGAUCGUGCAGGAGUACCACUGGUUGCAUACGUUCAGUUUGGGUGCUCAAAUGGCAGAGAGCCUUCUCAAGAGGACUGAACUGCCGGGAGACGUUGUGAAUCUCAGUCAACUGGUAGACGAGGAGUUUAUACCGUCGGUGGUGCCGGAUGUCUUUUGGACCAUAGAGCAGGACAAGCAAAUUAUGCAAUGGGCAUCGCAGCGACCUCAGGAUUGGGAAAUUGGCGGUAAAUGCAAGGCUUAUUUGUGGGGUUCAGAUCGUCACGGUCAACUGGCCGAGCUCGGAUUCAGCGCCACCGCCCCCCUAUUGGUCAACUCAUUCUCCAUAGCGCGAAAAAUCAUAUGCGGUCAAAAUUGUACUUUUGUACUGUUGACCAACGGUACCGUAAUGGCUUGCGGUGAGGGCAGUUACGGCCGAUUGGGUCAAGGUAACUCGGACGAUCUACACUCCCUCAGUGUGAUUUCGAGCCUUCAAGGGUUCGUAAUCACCGAUUUAGCGACGUCGGUGGGCUCGGACGGGCAUAGUUUGGCUUUGGCGGAAAGUGGCGAAGUGUUUUCGUGGGGCGACGGCGAUUAUGGCAAAUUGGGACACGGAAACAGCGACAGGCAACGGAGACCCAGGCAAAUUGAAGCCUUGCAAAAUGAGGAAGUUAUACAGGUGGCUUGUGGAUUCAAACAUAGCGCGGUGGUAACAAGCGAUGGAAAACUAUUUACCUUCGGAAACGGUGAUUACGGACGUCUCGGCUUGGGUUCGACCUCGAAUAAGAAACUUCCUGAAAGGGUUCAUGCCUUGGAAGGAUACAAAAUUGGACAAGUGGCCUGCGGACUUAAUCAUACCGCCUGCGUGUCUCAGGACGGCAUGGACGUAUGGACUUUUGGCGAAGGAGACUACGGAAAAUUAGGUUUGGGUCAUACGACAACCAAAUCCAUACCGCAAAAGGUGGAAUCGCUUUGCGGUAUAGGUAUUAAAAAAGUCGGAUGCGGCACCAAUUUGACGGUGUUUCUGACUAGGGAGGGCAAGUUGUUCGUCUGCGGAAUCGAUAGGGUUCCUUGGUAUACUUUGGCCAGAGACAGAGCCUCUUACCUGCCACACCAGUUAAGCACAUUAGAAGAGUAUUUUAUUGAGGAUUUUGCUAUAGGAACUGAACACGUGCUCAUAUUGAGCCAAUGUGGAAAGGUUUUCGGUUGGGGUAUGAACACGGAGGGACAAUGCGGUUUGCCAUUUGUUUCCCUAGUCCGUGAACCGGAAGUGAUUAGCGUGCUCUCUAACAAAGGGAUUAAGCAGAUUUCUACUGGUAGGACGCACAGUGCGGCCUGGACGGCCACCCCAUUGCCGAAACGAAUACCGGGUGUCACGCAAAGCUUGACUUUCGGCUUACCCAGCGAAAUACCACCCCAAUACGAUCAUUUAGUGGGGCUACCUAUUGAAUCUAUUCAAGCCAGACUGAAAUUUCUCUACAAUUUCUCGGAUAAGUUGUAUUCUUGUUGGACCUUUAUGCCCUUAAGUGCUCAACAGCAGGAAUUCAACGUGCCUCCCCUCGAAGGCCUGAUUUCGCCGAAAUUGCGCCCUCUCUUUGCACCCAGGGUGUACACGUUGCCUUUCGUACGAUGCAUCGGUAAAACGAUGGUGCAAGGCAAGAAUUACGGACCUCCCAUAGUCGUACGCAGAAUAUCACAAGAGGGUCGUAAAGUGAAGCCGAUAUUUCUACAAAUCGCUAAGCAAGUGGUGGAUAUUAACCCUCAAGACUUAAGGUUACCUUCUAGGGCGUGGAAAGUGAAACUGGUGGGCGAAGGUGCCGAUGACGCCGGCGGGGUCUUUGACGAUACGAUAACGGAAAUGUGCCAAGAAAUCACCAGUAAUGCGGUUCCCUUGCUGGUACCAACCCCUAACGCCCGCAACGAGGAGGGUUUCAAUAGAGACAAGUACCUACUGAACCCCCAAUUAACGUCGGUUCAGCACCUCAGUUGGUUCAAGUUCGUAGGCAUCCUGUUUGGGGUGGCAAUAAGAACGAAAAAACCGCUAGCGAUCCCCCUGGCGCCUCUGAUAUGGAAACUAAUAGUGGGCGAAUCGGUCGCCGUCGAAGAUUUAGAAGAUACCGAUUCGAUGUACGUGCAAACGUUGCGCAGCAUUCGGGACAUUGAUAAGUCGGGCGUGACUGCCGAUUAUUUCUCUGAGGUGAUUCCGUUGCAGGUGUUCGAGGGCCAGAGUUGCACCGGAAAGAUCGUACCAAUUACCCACGGAGGCAAAAACAUCCCUUUAACCUUCGCCAACAGGGCACAAUACUACGAACAAGCGGUAAAAUACCGUUUGCAAGAAUUCGACCUCCAGGUGGCUGCAAUAAGAGAAGGAAUGUCAGGCAUCAUCCCUGUACCGCUCUUAUCUCUGACUACUUCGGAACACUUGGAACAACUGGUUUGCGGCAUGUCACAUAUAUCUAUCAGUGCUCUUAGGAAGAUCGUUCGGUAUAGGGAGCUAGACGAGAAUCACCAAUUGGUCAAAUGGCUGUGGAACAUUUUGGAAAGUUUUACCGAUAGCGAGAGGGUGCUGUUCAUGAGAUUUGUAUCGGGGAGGUCCAGGUUGCCUGCUAAUUUGGCAGAUUUAUCCCAAAGAUUCCAAGUUAUGAAGGUGGACAAAGCAAUAAACGGUCUUCCAACGGCGCAAACUUGCUUCUUCCAAUUGAGACUGCCACCGUAUUCCAGUCAAGAAGUGAUGGCGGAAAAGUUGCGAUACUCAAUCAAUAAUUGCCGGUCGAUCGAUAUGGACAAUUAUAUGCUUGCCAGAAACACUGAGCAAGAGAGCAUGUCCGAGGAAGAUUGGUCUCACGGAAGUUAAUGUUAGGGAAUUUUUUAUACCGAAAAGGCUGCUCUAAAUAUAAACUAUAUAUAUUUUUUUCUGUUAAGUUACCUGUGUAUUUAUUAAUAAAAUGCGUUAAAUAAAAUUAA